CAUAAAAGAUCCAUGGUUGGUGUAUGUCAGUGUCAGUGACGAGAGAGAGGAACGGAGAGGAACGGUGGAGAACCGUGUGGUCACCUAGACCAGCAGCGGCGAGUAACCGCCGAUGCCACAUCGACUCGCGAUAUCGGACUGAGAACAUCGGUUCACAUCUCUCACAAUCACAAAUUUUCUAAGCCGGCAUUAAUUCCGAGUGAUCGUACGGAAGAGAAAGACAGAGUUUUGGAAUUUAUGUGCGAGCGAGAAGAAGCACGCGCGAAGCUCGUGCAUAUAUCUGACGCGAGCGAGAAAGUUCCGAGGAUCAUACAGAAGAAACGAGUUUGUAAACGAGGCCGGUCGCAGCCGAGCUUCAGUUCGUCUGGGUGACUCGAGGAGUGGCGCGAGCGCGUGCGAGCGAGCGAUAUAAUGUAUAAUGUAGUUAAAAUCGUGUGCCGAUGAUAAAUGGUUGUGCGCCAGCGUUAACAGAGAACUUUUUUAUAUUUAAAAUUUUUAAUCAGGGGCAAAGUUUCAGUGAUUGACAAAUUAACAUAUUCGGCCAGUGAGUGUGCGUUUUAAAAACAUUCUCGGCUUUUAUCGUAUUUACAAUAAUCACACACGAGUCUCUCGCGUUUGUGUAAAGUUACUAUCGAGUAAUCGAGCUGUAGAAGCAACCGAAAACACGUAGCGAUGACUAUUCACAAAAAAGGCACGGUGUCAAGAAUGAAGAAUGCGGGAACCGCGAAAAACGAAAUGGCGACGACAUCGACGUCCUCGGAUGUGACGACAACGGAGACAGUCGAGGUUGUAUCCUCCACCAGCGUCGUGGAGGAAUCGAAUCAGGUGAAGGAGAGCGAAUCUAGAAGUAGCAUGGUAGAGGUCACGAGUGCCAGUCGCGAGGUCAUCAUGGAUUCCAAAGGUAACAUUAUCAAAGUUAUCGAGACACCUCCACAGACUAUCCAGCAAAGCUCGUCCAGCCGAAAAACCGGAAAAAGCUCUCAAGACUUCAUAGCAGGGGAGCAGAUGCAAUCGAUUAAGCAAGCGAAGACGACGCAUGAGAUUCCACGCGAGCACGCAACGUCUCUUUCGGAAAGUCGGACAAUUCAAGGAGAAACGACUGAACAAGCCAGUCAAUCUGUGCAGACGCAAAGUCAAAGCGCAUCCCAUUCAAUGGUUACGCAGUCGAGCUCCUCGAGUGUCUUAAUUGAGAGCUCAUCAGCGAGCGAGGAUCAUAGCGGACGUCGCUCUACUGUUGUAGUUUCUCAUGACAUUAAAAAUGGAGCUCACGUUCCCAUAUCUCAGACAUCGUCAAGGUCGACCGAGAGUACUCACGUGAGUAGUGAGACGAGCGAAGCCGUAACGAAAGACGGUCAAACAACGUCGAGCACCACGAGAAUACGCGAAACGGGAGAAAGAAUCAAUGACAACGGUAAGACGAUGUCUACAUCGAGCCGGGAAAUAGACAGCGAGCAUACAAUCACACCCUCCAAUGUGACUGUUAUUAAAAGUACCGAUGAUAUCAAGAGGAGUGGUGAUAAAAGUACGCGCAGCGAUUUGAAAUCAGAGAGAUCAAACAUCGAGAUAUCAACACGUUGUAAUAAGCCCGGUCAAUCUACAUGGGAUGGUACCUUUGUUUAUGAAAAACCCACCACUCCUAAGGACAAAAAUGUCAUUGAUAAAACAGUAAGUUCGAAGAUUCAUAGCGAUACCAGAGAUAAUGAAACAAGCGUUAAAGUCACUCAAGAGACUUCGACCCAGGAGGGCUCGUUUAUUGAUCAGAAUGUAUCUUCAAGUUCAAGCAUGACUCGAGACUCGAAAACGAUAGUCGAUGAAGGUCAACGAAUGAUGACUUGUCUUCGUGAUAUUACGUCGGAAAAAAUUGCUGCAGAUACAACAGAUUUCGUGAGCGAAAAAUAUUCGAAAGGACCGACCCGUUAUUCAAAACCUGGCGAUUCGACGUGGGACGGAAGCUUCGUCGUGGAAAAAAUUACGACGCAGCCAAAAAGUAAGCGUAACGACUCCGACGUCAACGUGUUUCACGGUCGCGGCGACAACGUCAUGGAAACUACGCAGAGAAGAGAUUUCAAAGAAAAGAGUACGGACGGUACAUAUGAGAAGGAGUCAUCCGAGACUAUGCGCGUCGUAAAAGGUGCUACGGACAGCACCAGAUUCAUUUCUGAAGAACGACGAGAUGUAAGCAGAGAAACUUCGAUCCAUGUCGAUGGUACGCCAUUGAGUAAGGAUGAACAUCCUGCUCGCGUAUCCAGUCCAUCGCAACGAAGACUCGGCAGACCCGGCGAAUUUAUCUAUGAAAAGUCGCAAGAUCAUGUAAAGAAGCAUCCUUCAGACGUCACCGUUGUCCGUACAACGGAAAAACGUCAUGAUACCGUGGAUGUUCAAGAUGUCAGCGAAGAACAGAACGUUACUGAAUCGGUCUCCACGUCUUACAUCGUUGAAUACGCGAUUUCCGGCGACAAGAAGAAUGUCGAGAAGGUCACGUCGGUGUCCGAUGUAAUCUUAGAGGAAGAUAGUCUUGAGAAUAAAAUUACGCGCGGCCAUGGAAGUCCGGAGAGACAGGCAAAAUUUGAUACAACUUCGCGCUGUUACAAGCCUGGUCAAUCUGCUUGGGAUGGCACCUUCGUCUACGAACGACCGGUAACACCUGAUAGUCGCCGAAGACCGGAAGAUAAACGUACAGUAAAAACCAUCGAUAUUCGAGAUGUUACGGAAGAUAAUUCGAUUAACGAAGCGGACGUUACGAGUACUUCUUACAUCGUUGAACAUUCAUCAAGUCAGCAGAGUUUCUCAGACAUCAGGGAUGCCAGUGUCAGGUCCACGAGAUAUGAGACAGUCGUUUACGAGGGCCGCCCUGUCGAAACGACGAUUAGAUUUGAUGGAGAUACAUCACGAAGCAAAGUUUCGACGACGGAACGUCGGACUAGCCCCUCACCGCGACCUACAAGUCCGGAGAAGAUACCGAAAGAUAGAGAUCUACGAAGUACCAAACCUGGAUCAUCAACGUGGGACGGAACUUUCGUAUUGGAAAAAUCACAAGAUAAGAAGCGACCACUUAGCAGAGAAUCCAUUGAUAUGCUACCAGAUAAAUCUCGUCCGGCAGGUAGCAAAAAGACACCUUAUGUUGAUACAUCGAAGAAAUAUGUUAGCGAGACUACUAUCGAUCUCCGAGAUGUCAAGCAAGAUGUAUCAAGCACUUCAGAGAUUAUGGAAAGUUCCGUCGUUAUGGAACAAUCAAGAAUGCACGAAAGUUAUACGGAUUCCUCGAAUCUUGAUUUCUCGACGACUUCCGUCGAAACUGUUACUAUUCGCGACGGUCAGCCAAUAACGACGCAAAAAACAGUAACCAUUCAAGAAAGCCCUCACAGUGGUGCGAAGAGACUGCCUAGUAGUGACGUAAUAACUACUACCGACAUUAAAGAGACCACUGUUAAAAGCGAGAAGAAGGAAUCUCGCGCGGACGAUAGAAGUUACCGACCUCUAAAACCAGGAUCGUCCACAUGGGACGGAUCGUUCGUGUAUGAGAAACCAGAGGAAAGAAAACCAAGCGAUAAAAAGUUACCGAAAGAUGUACAUGAAGCUGUGAAGAGUCCAAUCAAAGAACAACGGACCGACAAUGUUGAUCAUCGAACAGUUACAAUUUUGGAUACAUCAAAAGAUGUAAAAAGUGCUACCGAUUAUUCUACGAGUUCUGUCACGGUCGAACAAACAUUCAUUACGGAUUCGGAGACAUACGAUUCUUCAAAUAUAUCCAAAUUUUUUAUCAAAGAAAGCGCAGAAGAGAAAGUACGUGAAACCGACAAGAAGCCAAGACAGCUGUUCGACGAAAAACCUGAGCCAUCGCCUCGACAACGUCCGAAAGACACUAAAGAGCCUAAAUAUAAAAAACCGCAGAGUCCGGUGGAUAGAACACAUCGACCGUCGAAGCCAGGCGCCUCCACUUGGGAUGGAUCGUUCGUGUAUGAGAAACCGGAAGAGAAGAGACCAGGAGAUCGAAAAGUACCAAAAGAUAUUAAAACUGAAGAUAAGCGAAGCCCAAUUAAAGAAAAACCGAGUGACAUCGCUGAUCAUAGAACAUCUGUUACAAUACUAAAUACAUCGAAGGAUGUAUCAAGUACUGCCGAUUAUUCCACAAGCUCCGUCACGGUCGAACAAACGUACGAUUCAAAGACAUAUGACUCGUCAAAUAUAUCCAAAAUUUAUAUAGAAGAGAGUCCGAAGGAUAAAGUACAUCCGAUCGAUUACGAGACAUCAAAACAACCCUCCGACGAAAAGCCGCAGAAAAGUCCGGUAGACAGAACGCAUCGACCAUCGAAGCCUGGUGCCUCCACUUGGGACGGUUCUUUCGUGCACGAAAAACCGCAAGAUACGCAAAAGAAACCAACACGUGAUGAACCAACUGAAGUACCGAAGAAAUCGGCAGACGAACGAAAACCGAUUGAGAAAGAAAGCAAACCAGUGGAUCAGAGAGGAAAAACGUUGCUUACUCCGAUUUCGCGAAAAUCAACGGAGACACAGAAGGACGUCACUGAAAUCAGACAUGUCGAAGAUGUCGCGGAUAUCACACAUGCGGAUAUCACGCGUACAUCCGAAGUGCUUCAGCAAUCUUAUGUAAUCGAUCAGUCUUCGAGAUUUACUUCUGUGCAAGACGAGCGCAAUGUUAGGGACGAGCGUGUCAUCACUGAAUUUACGACGGACACAUACAAGGAUGUGAGAGAUGUUACCGAGUCAACGAAGGAAUUUAUCGAUAAAGAGCAGGUGACUAGCAUGGUAGCGCGGGAUGUCAUUGACUCCCGAUUCGAUACCAUCACCGGCCCAGCACCCCGGUCACCAACGGAUUCCACGAGGAAACCAUCGCCUGAACGGCCCGGUUAUCCUCGUGGAAUACCUGGUCUCAGGGAAGACGAUCGACCAAAACCAACUCCAAUUGCUGGAAAGCCCAGCCGACCUCCGCAGCGAGAAAGAAGUCCUCAGCGGCCAGUGGAUGGCAGACCUUCCGAAAUCCGACCAAAGUCACCUGAAAAGCUUCGGGAUCAUACGUCGCCGACUAGAAGACCACAGCCAGCGGCUGGCAAGCCGAGUCGACCCGAAGAAAAACCUGUAGCACUUAGAAAAUCUGAUAAAGAACCUGAAUCUCCGAAACCUAAACCUAGUCGAUUUGCUGAGUUAGAACCGAAGAAAUUGGAACAGGACAUACCUAAAAGAGGAGAUCAAAGUCCAGACUCUCUCGAAGAGGAUGUAGUCUAUCCUAAAUCAGUGCUGGUACCGGAUAUAUUGUCGAAAAUCCCUUUAAAAGAACAAUGCAUUUGCGAGCUUUGUACUUGCGGACGUCAUCGUUGCCUGCAUAAUUUGCCCCAAGAACAUUUGGAAUUCUCUUAUGAAGAACCAUUGCAUACUGUGACUUCCUAUCGCCAGGAUUACGACGAAAAACAUGUAGAAAAGCAAACAAAAUAUUAUCAUAAAGAUCAUUUGCAUACGGAGGGUGAAUUUAUCGGAGAGAGACGAACCGAUUAUGUGGCUACUAGAGGCGAGAGAGCGCCGGUCAGAAAACCGCAAGAUCAUCUCAAACCUGAAGGUGAAUUCGUUAGAAGACCAAAGGAAGAGGCGCCUAUUAGGGGUGAAAGGGCACCUGUGAAGAAGCCACAAGACAAUCUUAAACCGGAGGGCGAGUUUGUUGGUAAGCCUCGAGAGGAAGCUCCGAAAUAUGGCGAGCGAGCUCCGAUUACGAAGCCAAGGGAUAACUUGAAAUUCGAAGGGGAUUUUGACACUACAACAACGACCGAGCUGGUUUUUACUGGCACUCCUGGCGAACGACCGAUCCCAAUACGUCGCAAUACUUAUACAAAGAUAGAGGGUGAUUUCAUUGACGAAACGACGUCGCGAUCGCAAUACAUUGAUCAUCGUAGCAUCCAACGCGCUGAAAUCGUUAAACGAACAGAUAAUCUCACCGUAGGAGAGGGUGAAUUCACGGGUACCUCUCAUAUCAAGGAAGAUUUUCAAACUCAUGUUAUUGAACGUGAACCUCAGUGGCGACCGAAGUAUCCCGAAGACAUCGAUCGAUUUUACAACAAAACAGAUAUCGUUGACAGUACUACUACCACUCAGGAACAAUUUCGAACUUUUGAUCAGGCAGAUUAUAAAAGUACCACAGUUAUUAAAAGAGCUGAUAAUCUAAGACCCGAAGGGCCUUUCGAAGCAUUGCCUCAUACAAAGGAUGAUUACGUUACACCAAUAUUGCUACGCAAGCCAGAACCACAAAAACCUAUAGAUAAUUUAAAAUCUGAAGGGCCAUUUGAAGGACGGCCUAAAGAUGAUUAUUCACCUAAACGCGGCGAACGUUAUGAAGUGAAACGGCCAGAAGAUAACUUACGUCCUGAAGGGCCGUUCGAAGGACGACCUAAAGAUGACUAUAAGCCUACUAGAGGAGAACGCGCCGAUGUAAAGCGCCCUGAAGAUAACUUACGUCCUGAAGGGUCAUUUGAAGGACGGCCUAAAGAUGAUUAUUCACCUAAACAUAGCGAACGCCCUGAAGUCAAGCGUCCAGAAGAUAACUUACGUCCUGAAGGGCCGUUCGAAGGACGACCUAAAGAUGACUAUAAGCCUACUAGAGGAGAACGCGCCGAUGUAAAGCGCCCUGAAGAUAACUUACGUCCUGAAGGGCCAUUUGAAGGACGACCUAAAGAUGAUUAUGCACCUAAACGUAGCGAACGCCCUGAAAUCAAGCGUCCAGAAGAUAAUUUACGUCCUGAAGGACCAUUUGAAGGACGGCCUAAGGAUGAUUAUAGGCCAACUAAAGGAGAGAGAGCUGAUGUUAAAAGACCACAAGAUAAUUUGAAACCAGAGGGUCCGUUCCAAGGACGUCCAAAAGAUGAUUUUACUCCGAAGACAGCGGAACGUCCUGAAGUGAAACGACCAAAAGACAAUUUACGACCUGAAGGUGACUUUUCAGAUCGUCCCAAAGACCAAUAUAUACCUGGUGAGAAACGCACUCCCAUCAGACAUCUGGAUAAUUUGUAUCCUGAAGGCGACUUCGAAAGACCUAAGCCGAUACCUUAUGGUCCCGGUGACAGAGCAUCUAUUGUUCGUCAUCCGGAUAAUCUAUUUCCAAUAGGAGAAUUUCCAGACAGAGAAAUCAAACCAUUCAAAUCUGCCGAACGUAGAACGCCUGUUAAACAUGUCGAUAAUCUUCGUCCAGAAGGUGACUUUGAAGGAAAACCCAAAGAUGAUUACAGACCGACCAAAGGAGAACGUGCCGAUGUUAAACGCCCCGAAGAUAAUUUGCGACCAGAAGGUCCGUUCGAGGGUCGUCCAAAAGAUGAUUAUUCGCCCAAACGUGCAGAACGUCCUGAAGUAAAACGUCCGGAAGAUAAUCUACGUCCCGAAGGCGAUUUUGAAAGACCAGAGAAAGAACCUAUUGGUCCAGCCGAAAGACGCACUCCAAUUAAACAUCCGGAUAAUCUUAGAUUUGAAGGAGAAUUCGAGCGACCUCAUCAGGAUGGUUACCGUCCGGCAGAAAAACCAGAAGUCAAAAAGCCAAUGGACAAUUUAAGGCCCGAAGGUGAAUUUGAAAGACCACGUCCUGAAAAAUACUCUCCAGCUGAGAAACGAACACCAGUGAAACAUUCAGAUAAUCUCAAGCCAGAAGGUGAAUUUGAGCGACCUCGUCAGGAUGAUUAUCGUCCAGCAGAAAAACCAGAAGUCAAAAAGCCAGUGGACAAUUUAAGACCCGAAGGUGAAUUUGAAAGACCACGUCCUGAAAAAUACUCUCCAGCUGAGAAACGAACACCAGUGAAACAUUCAGAUAAUCUCAAGCCAGAAGGUGAAUUUGAGCGACCUCGUCAGGAUGAUUAUCGUCCAGCAGAAAAACCAGAAGUCAAAAAGCCAGGGGACAAUUUAAGACCCGAAGGUGAAUUUGAAAGACCACGUCCUGAAAAAUACUCUCCAGCUGAGAAACGAACACCAGUGAAACAUUCAGAUAAUCUCAAGCCAGAAGGUGAAUUUGAGCGACCUCAUCAGGAUGGUUACCGUCCGGCAGAAAAACCAGAAGUCAAAAAGCCAAUGGACAAUUUAAGGCCCGAAGGUGAAUUUGAAAGACCACGUCCUGAAAAAUACUCUCCAGCUGAGAAACGAACACCAGUGAAACAUUCAGAUAAUCUCAAGCCAGAAGGUGAAUUUGAGCGACCUCAUCAGGAUGGUUACCGUCCGGCAGAAAAACCAGAAGUCAAAAAGCCAAUGGACAAUUUAAGGCCCGAAGGUGAAUUUGAAAGACCACGCCCUGAAAAAUACUCUCCAGCUGAGAAACGAACACCAGUGAAACAUUCAGAUAAUCUCAAGCCAGAAGGUGAAUUUGAGCGACCUCAUCAGGAUGGUUACCGUCCGGCAGAAAAACCAGAAGUCAAAAAGCCAAUGGACAAUUUAAGGCCCGAAGGUGAAUUUGAAAGACCACGCCCUGAAAAAUACUCUCCAGCUGAGAAACGAACACCAGUGAAACAUCCGGACAAUCUCAAACCAGAAGGUGAAUUUAUUGGUAAACCGAAAGAAGAUUUUAUACCAACAAGAGGUGAUCGCGCUGAUGUUAAAAGACCAGCGGAUAAUUUAAGACCGGAAGGUCUAUUCGAAGGUCGACCAAAAGAUGAUUAUCGACCAGUGCGUGGAGAACGUAUGGAUGUUGUUAAACGCAUGGACAAUUUGCGUAUGGAAGGAGAUAUAGAAACAUAUAGAUCCAGAGACGAAUAUACUGAUUUCUUAAUACGCGAAAGAACUGAAAUUACUAAAUAUCAAGAUAAUUUACGUAUGGAAGGUGAAUUCAUUGAUACAAGAACGCGAGAUGAUUUUAAAAUUAUUAAAGGUGAACGCAUGGAUGUCGUUAAACAUCGUGAUAAUUUAAAACCGGAAGGUCCGUUCGAAGGUCGCCCGAAGGAUGAUUAUUCACCCAAGAAAGCAGAGAGACCUGAAAUUAAAAAGCCGGAAGAUAAUUUAAAACCAGAAGGCGAUUUCGUACGUCAGCCUAAAGAAGAAGCGCCUAAAAAAGGUGAAAGAGCUGAUGUGAAAAAACCAAGAGACAAUUUGAGGCCGGAAGGUGAGUUCGAAAGACCGGAAAAGAAACCAAUCAGUCCAGCAGAGAAGCGUACCCCGAUUAAACAUUCUGAUAAUCUAAAACCAGAGGGUGAGUUCGAGAGACCAAUACCUGAAGAAUUCAAACCUGCCGAAAGACCAAUUGUAAAGAAACCACAUGACAAUUUAAAACCGGAAGGCGAAUUUGUGUCAAGACCAAAAGAUGAGGCGCCAAAGAAAGGUGAGAGAGCUGAUAUUAAAAAGCCACAAGACAAUUUGCGACCGGAGGGCGAUUUCGAAAGACCGGAGAAAAAACCAAUUGGUCCUGCAGAGCGACGUUCUCCGAUUAAACAUUCUGAUAAUCUGAAGCCAGAAGGUGAAUUCGAAAGACCUAAGCCCGAAGAAUUUAGACCUGCUGAAAGACCGGUAGUAAAGAAACCACACGAUAAUUUAAAACCGGAAGGCGAAUUCGUCUUUCAACCAAAAGAAGAAGUGCCAAAAAAAGGUGACAGGGCUGAUGUUAAAAAGCCAAAGGAUAAUCUCAAACCCGAGGGCGAUUUUGAAAGACCGGAAAAGGCACCUAUUGGUCCAGCGGAACGACGUACUCCGAUUAAACAUUCAGAUAAUUUGAAGCCAGAAGGUGAGUUUGAACGACCGGAACAAGAAGGUUAUCGUCCAACAGAAAGGCCAGAAGUCAAAAAACCAACAGAUAAUCUGAAACCCGAAGGCGAUUUUGAAAGACCACAUCCUGAAAAAUAUGUUCCGGCUGAGAAACGUACGCCAGUGAAACAUCCAGAUAAUCUUAAGCCGGAGGGUGAAUUUAUUGGUAGACCUAAAGAAGACUUUACGCCCACUAAAGGUGAUCGUGCCGAAGUUAAAAAACCAGAGGAUAAUCUGAAACCAGAGGGUCUAUUCGAAGGUCGACCGAAGGAUGAUCAUCGACCGAUGCGUGGCGAACGCAUGGAUGUAGUGAAGCGCACGGAUAAUUUGCGAAUGGAAGGAGAUAUAGAAACUUAUAGAUCCAGAGACGAAUAUACUGAUUUCUUAAUACGCGAAAGAACUGAAAUUACUAAAUAUCAAGAUAAUUUACGUAUGGAAGGAGAAUUUAUCGAUAUGAGAACACGGGAUGACUUCAAAGUCGUUAAAGGCGAACGCAUGGAUGUCGUUAAGCAUCGUGACAAUUUAAAACCGGAAGGUCCAUUUGCAGGUCGUCCGAAGGACGAUUAUUCGCCUAAGAAAGCAGAAAGACCUGAAAUUAAAAAACCAGAAGAUAAUUUAAAACCAGAAGGUGAUUUCGUACGUCGGCCUAAGGAAGAAGCGCCUAAAAAGGGUGAGAGAGCUGACGUGAGAAAACCGAAAGAUAAUUUGCGACCGGAGGGAGACUUCGAAAGACCGGAAAAGAAACCGAUUGGCCCUGCUGAGCGACGUUCUCCGAUUAAACAUUCUGACAAUCUAAAACCAGAGGGUGAAUUUGAAAGACCUAAGCCUGAAGAAUUCAAACCUGCUGAAAGACCGGUUGUAAAGAAACCACAUGAUAAUUUAAAACCUGAAGGCAAAUUCGUAUCUAGACCAAAAGAAGAAGCACCGAAGAAAGGUGAGAGAGUUGAUGUCAGAAAACCACAAGAUAAUUUGCAACCGGAAGGAGAUUUUGAAAGACCGGAAAAGAAACCGAUUGGCCCUGCUGAGCGACGUUCUCCGAUAAAACAUUCUGACAAUCUAAAACCAGAGGGUGAAUUCGAAAGACCUAAGCCUGAAAAAUUCAAGCCUGCUGAAAGACCAAUUGUAAAGAAGCCACAUGAUAAUUUGAAACCUGAAGGCGAGUUCGUAUCUAGGCCGAAAGAAGACGCGCCGAAGAAAGGUGACAGAGUCGAUGUUAGAAAGCCGCAAGAUAAUUUACGACCGGAGGGUGACUUUGAAAGACCGGAGAAAAAACCAAUUGGUCCAACGGAAAGAAGAACUCCGAUCAAACAUGCAGAUAAUUUGAAGCCAGAAGGUGAAUUUGAGAAACGUCCAAAGGAAAAGAUACCGAUCAAAGGCGAAAGGGCGGAUGUUACGAAACCAAGAGAUAAUUUACGACCUGAAGGCGACUUUGUAAGACCUCAGAAAUCACCGAUUGGCCCAGCAGAACGACGUACACCAAUUCGACACGAAGACAAUUUGCAUCCAGAGGGUGAAUUCGUUGGUCGACCAAAAGAUGAUUUUAUUCCCAAGCGCGUCGAUCGACCAAUUCAAAAGAAGCCUAAAGAUAAUUUGAAGCCUGAAGGAGAAUUCGUAGGAAAACCCAAGGAUGAUUACAAACCAACUAAAGGAGAGAGAACUGAAAUCGUGGUGCAUCAAGACAAUUUGAAGAUGGAAGGCGAUAUAGAUAUUUAUCGAUCUCGAGAUGAUUACGUAACUACGUCUAAGCGUGAACGUGUGGAUAUUGUUCAUCAUGAGGAUAAUUUGAAAAUUGAAGGUGAAUUCGUUGAUAUUCAUCGACGAGAUGACUAUCGAGUUACUCGUGGUGAACGUAGCGAAGUUAUUAAGCGUGAAGACAAUCUUUAUCCUGAGGGUAAUUUCGAACGACCAGAGAAAGCAUCGAUAGGUCCCGCAGAGAGAAGAUCUCCUAUUAAACAUCCUGAUAAUUUAAAGCCAGAAGGCGAUUUUGUACAACGAUCGAAGGAAACCGUACCUAUUAAAGGUGACCGAGCAAUCAUCAAGAAGCCGAAAGAUAACUUGAAGCCCGAAGGUGAAUUCGAGAGACCAGCAAAAUCACCCGUUGGUCCCGGCGAACGACGAUCACCCAUUAAACAUCCCGAUAAUCUUCAUCCGGAGGGAGAAUUCGUUGGCAGACCGAAGAAAGACACUCCGCUAAAAGGCGACCGAGCAGAUGUGAAGAAGCCAAAGGAUAAUCUUCAUCCCGAAGGAGAUUUCUACAUAGUGCCUAAGGACGAUUUUAUUCCAAAGAGAGGAGAUCGAUCGCCGGUUAAAAAACCUCAGGACAAUCUUCGUCCCGAAGGUGAAAUGAAAGUAUCUCCGAAAGAUGAUUAUAAAUAUGUAAAUGGAGAUCGCGUAGAAAUACGUCGGCAUGAAGAUCACCUGCGCAUGGAGGGACAAAUAGACACUCAUCGCUCGAGAGAUGACUAUAAGAAAAUCACGAGAGUGGAGAAAGUGGAUGUUAAGAGACAUGAAGAUAAUCUUAGAAUGGAAGGCGAAUUUAUCGACGUGCGUCGCAAGGAUGAUUACGUGCACGUGGUUGGUGAACGCGUGCCAAUUAAAAAGCGUACGGAUAAUUUACGUCCGGAAGGAGAUUUCGACAGACCUCAGAAGAUAGUGAUUGGGCCCGGGGAGAAAAGAACUCCAAUCAAGCACCCGGAUAAUCUGAAGCCAGAGGGUGACUUUGAACGUAGAACUCCGGAUAAGAUUGGUCCCGGCGAACGACGAUCGCCGAUUCGUCACGCCGACAAUUUGAAGCCAGAAGGUGAUUUCAUCGGACGCUCACGUGACGACUUCACUCCCAAAAGAGCAGAAAGAAUCGAAGUCGUAAAAAGAGAGGAUAAUCUAAAGAUGAUGGGCGAUUUCGAAGGCACAACGUCUCACAAGUCGACUUACACAAUAGUUCGUGGAGAACGAGCGGACAUUAAGUCACACGAAGAUAACUUAAAGCUUAACACCGGCACUAUGGAAACAAAAACAACCAGCAGAGAUACUUAUACACUUUCUAAGCAUGAACCUUCUCCCGCUGGUAAAACGGUAAAUCGUCGAAGACACAUGGAAUCAUCUAUUUCGCUCGGUGAUGACACCACCGUGAUGACUACGACGAAUCAACGUAACUACAAUACCUACACGAAACGUACAGGAAAGGAUAUCGCUGCUAAAAUGAGUCAAAUAGAAUCUGAUACUAGGAAGACCGUGGAAUCGCAAACUUUAGCAGAUGGCACUGUCGUUACGACCGUAAAACGUACAACUACUUCUGCUCAGUCAGAUCAGAGAGCUGCCAAUGCUCAAACUCUCUCUCAUCAUCAACAAACACAACAUAUUACGGAUCGUCGUACCGCUCAACCAAUUGAUGUUUCAUCAUUUGGACCACAACCCGUGGAUUCACGAAAAACGACUUCUCAAUUAGUGUCUAAUCAGCAUCAUGAACAGCAUCAAAGAACUCAUUUGAACGAGCAACAUUUGCGAUCGCAGAACGUGCAGAGUCGUCGAACAAUCGAGGAUAAAUCAUUCACGGAAGGACUAAAUCGAGGGCAAAUCGUGCGAGCGGAAGAUACAUCUCGUUACGCGAUCGACGCCACACACGGCGAGCACCAUAGACAGCAGCAUCAGCAGCAACAGCACGUCGAGCGUCAUCAUCAGGAAAUGACCAAGCGCGAUUAUGUGAAUGCGCAACAUAUGGAAACUCGACAAAGAUCCGCGACGAAGCAGCACGAGCAGCACACAAUCUCCACUCAGGCGCGAUAUAAUUCAAGCAGCCCGGAAUUCCGACAAUCAAUCAACGGGCAAACGACUUCAGAACGAUCACACAUAGACUCAGCCACGAAGUUCGGUCACCACCGCAAGAACGUGAUAUCCUCUUCGUCAGCUGACAUCAGCAAUGCGGUACUCCAUCGACGUGGCGCAGCUUCUUCCACCGAGGCGCUUCACACGAUUUCGUCGACGGCGGCGGACCAGCGCAAAAGUAUUUCAAAUCUGGCCGAGAGCGGACAGUACAUCAGUAAUUCGAGCCAGAGCAACGAUAGACGUAGCUUGACUUCGCUGCAUCGCAGUUCUAAAGAAGUCAAUCCUUGGGCAUCUUCCAGCUAUGAACGCCCGCAGAGAAUCAUUCGGCAAGAUAACCUGAGUGUCGGCGGGAAAUUCUAUUCACAAAGCGAGGCAAAAAGCUAUGGAAACUUCUCACAAAGUACUCAAAAAGUAGAAAGAGUCCAGAGGCAAACGAAUGCAUCUCACAUUAAUUUGGGUGAUGGUAGUACUGUCAGUUCCAGUAUGUAUAAAAAAGAAUACGUUCCUAGGCACAGAGGACCGUGUCCAGCUGCUCUUUUGGAAGCCAAACAGGCGCCUUUCAAACACACCAGAGACACGCAGAAACACAAGUUUUACAUGCCCGUUGUGUCCAAUUAAAUUGGCCUAUUAAAUUUAACGUUUUACUAAUUUUUUAAAAAUUUUACUAACGUUAAAGUGCU